AACACACGUUGGGGCGGGGGCUGGCCCUCUCGCUCUCUGGUAGUGAAGCCUUAGUGGGCGGGGCAAGUACCUCAAGAGGCCGGGCAGGGAGUGGCGAGGGUGGGCGGGGCGGCCGCGGACCAGAGACAGCGACACACGGCGUGCUAGUGGACCUCUGCCCUCGGCCGCCUGUGGAUGGGACAGUGCGACUCCAGCUUCUCCUUGCUGCUCGCGCUGUGGAAGGUGGUGGCCCUUGUGGUCCCCCGCCCCUGCUGUCCUCCGGUGCCCCGCCCCGGUCCGUGCUGCUCCGGCCCCGCCAGCCCGUGCCAACACCCCUGAGCGCCGCGCCGUGCCCUACCCGCACAAGGAGCUGCAGUGGAGACUGCCAGGGCGGGCGGCGGGAGGCGGGGCGGGCGUCCAGUGGGUGAGGAUGGCCGAGGGGUGCCUGCUGCUGCCCUCCCUCACCACGGCCCCGUGGGGCGCCGCCCAGCCCGCGUCCCCGCACACCUGAGUGCUCUGCAAGAGCCCCCAGCAGCGUGCGGGCGGCGGGGCGGGGGCAGCAGCGUGUGAGACCGCCGCAGCGCAUGACGCUUACCCCAGCGCUCCGCCACGGCCAGUCAGCGCUCUCGGACGUCAGCUGCAGCGUCAGGAGCCAGUGAAAGGAGCAUGGCGGGCGGCGACAGCAAGAAGACGGUGGUGCCCUGUGGCGAGCGGGAGGUGCAGGCUGUCAAGGCGGGCGACGGCGAGGACCGCGAGACCUGGGGCAAAAAGGUGGACUUCCUGCUCUCCGUGAUUGGGUUCGCCGUAGACCUCGCCAACGUAUGGAGGUUCCCCUACCUCUGCUACAAGAAUGGUGGAGGCGCCUUCCUGCUGCCCUACUGCGUGAUGCUGGUGUUGGGCGGCAUCCCCCUCUUCUUCAUGGAGCUCGCCCUCGGCCAGUACAACCGCAAGGGCGCCAUCACCUGCUGGGGCCGCCUCGUGCCGCUCUUCAAAGGAGUCGGGUUCCAAGUGGUGUGCAUCGCUUUCUACGUCGACUUCUUCUACAACGUGAUCCUAGCGUGGAGUCUCCGGUUCUUCUUCGCCUCCUUCACCACUGACCUCCCCUGGACCAACUGUAACAACGAAUGGAACACCGUCAACUGCAGGGAGAUCGGCAGCCAGGUGCCCGUCAUCGAGAGCCUGCCCAACACCUCCUCCUCGCCCUCCUUCUCCCCCCUCUUCCCCUCCAAUGUUUCCUCCCUGGACGCCAUGGAGAUAGCGGGCGCGGCGGGCCUCGUCCCCAACAAGACCACCUCCCCGGCCGAGGAAUACUGGACGCGUGUGGUACUUCAGAUACAGGAGAGCGGCGGCCUUUCUGACCUGGGCAUCAUUAAGUGGGAUCUGGCGCUCUGUCUGCUGGCCGUCUACAUCAUCUGCUACUUUUCACUCUGGAAGGGCAUCUCCACGUCCGGCAAGGUGGUGUGGUUCACGGCCGUGUUCCCCUACGUGGUCCUGUUCAUCCUCCUCAUCAGGGGCGUCACCUUGCCCGGCGCCGCAGAGGGGAUUCGAUACUACCUCAAGCCGGACUUCUCCAAGAUCUGGGUGGCCGAGGUGUGGGUGGACGCCGCAACGCAGAUCUUCUUCAGUCUGGGUCCAGGGUUCGGCGUCCUCCUCGCCUUCGCCUCCUACAACAAAUUCCACAACAAUGUCUACAAGGACGCCAUGGCCACCAGCCUCAUCAACUGCUGCACGAGUUUCAUCUCCGGCUUCGUCAUCUUCUCCGUGCUGGGCUACAUGAGCAACAAGAGCGGCAAGCCCAUCAACGAGGUGGUGGAGGAGGGCCCCGGGCUGGUCUUCGUCGUGUACCCAGAAGCCAUCGCCACCAUGCCCGGCUCCACCUUCUGGGCCAUUAUAUUCUUCAUGAUGCUCCUCACCCUGGGCCUGGACUCCUCGUUCGGCGGGUCAGAGGCGGUGAUCACGGCCCUCAGCGAUGAGUUCCCGAUCAUCGGCAGGAACCGCAAGGUCUUCGUGGCCAUCCUCUUCUCCGUGGACUUCUUCGUGGGCCUCGCUUGCUGCACCCAGGGCGGCUUCUACGUGUUCACCGUGCUCGACCGAUACGCUGCCGGCUACUCGAUCCUCUUCGCCGUGUUCUGCGAGGCUAUAGCGGUGUCCUGGAUAUACGGCAUUGACCGGCUGCGGGACGACAUUCGUGAGAUGAUCGGCUUCGCCCCCGGUAUUUACUGGAGGACGUGUCUCAAGUUCUUCGCCCCGGCAUUCAUCUGGGUGAUCAUCGUGUACGGCCUCAUCGCCUACAAGCCCCUCUCGGCCGACGACCCCGAGAAGUACCCGUGGUGGACAGACGUGAUUGGCUGGGGCAUGGCCGGCUCCUCCAUGAUCAUGAUUCCCUUCGUGGCCAUCUACAAGAUCAUCAGGGUGCCCGGCCCCGCCUCCCUCAAGCAGCGCCUCAAGAUCCUGACGACGCCGUGGCGGGACCAGCAGGUGUCUGUGGGCAACGGCGUCAGGUCGGAGGCCAACCAGAUCAUGCUGAACUCAGACACCCCGGCCCCUGACCAGGUGUAGGGCGCCUGCUAGACCACACUACAGCCCCACCACACUGACUCACCCUCACAACUCUAUACUCUCUCUUACAAGCAUGACACAGACUCACCGGCCCCUGACCAGGUGUAGGGUGCCCACAACACUACACAACACUACACUCCCACCACACUAAUACACUCCCACUUCUUUAAGCUACUCCCUUACAAGCAUAACUCACCUCCCCCUACACAACACCGUACAACAUUACACCCCCCUUGCCCUAAACUACACCCUCGUCAAAUAUAUGGCUUUCCACAACACCCUUCCCACAUACACUCCAUUAUCGUGAAGCAUAGAACGCCCCGCCACAGUAUAUCACAUCACCCCAGACCACACCCGCACCUCCCCCUCAAUACUAUUUAAUACAUAGGACAUCCCUCCCUCCCUCCCUCCCUCCCUCCCUCUUCGCCACAUAUUCUGACAAGCAGGGAACCGCGAGAUGCCACAAACACCUGCUGGUCACACCUACUCGUCUCACCUGGUCAUCGUCCCCUCCUCUCCCCCGUCACCCACGACCCCGCCAAGAAAGCGUGUGUGUGUGUGACCCACCCGGCGCCCAGCAGCAGCCAGGACACCACCAGAAGGAACAGGCACAGCAGCAGGAACACCACCAUCACCCGGAAGGUUUUAACGGCAGUGAACGUUCUACUAACACACACCAGCUAGUCAUGUCGCCGCCACCACCACUUACGUAGAACUAACCAAGUCUUGUUUUUAGUUAAGGUCUUACUGUCUUAGUCUCCGUAUCCUGGCCAGCUGAGGGAAGCCUGUGUAGCCCUCGUGUGUGGAUUCUCAGCUCCUCACCGCGUCUCGAUGUCUCGGCCUCGUGUCUUCGUAGGUAACUAACCGGGUAACAUUGGGUCGUAUCAAAAGACAUAUCGCCCCCUAAGAACACAUAAUGGAAGAGGCUUUCGUAGGAGUUGUGAGCAUUUCCAGGGGUAGUUUUAUGACCCUGGUGGUAGUUUGACCCUUCUUCUGUACCCUGAGCCUAAAAAAAAAAAAUUAUUAGAACCUGAUUGAUCCCCCCUUUGACCUUUAGAAAUAGCUGAUGUGAGAAGCGAAAGUGUCUUGAAAUACCAGCCAUUGUGUCGUGUACCGUAGUGGACGUAGCGUAGCCGUGGCCGUGGAAGCCCUGUGUCUUGUGUAGUGUAGUCAGGGUGUAGCCGUUCAUACACGUCUCUUUAUCUCACUCUCUGCUUUCAAAACCCAGCUCUGUACAGCCCCAAGGAAAUUACUUUCUCGUGAAUUUAUCCAGAUUCUCUAAUUAUGGUUUUGCCUCUAGCGUCGUAAUAUUAUAAAGCACUGGGUUCGUGGCGUCCGUGAAAAUAGAUGAAGUAAAAGACACUCGGGAGGGAUAAAAAGGAGUUGAACGUGUACCGGCAAGUGAGAAUCAGUUAUGUUUUAGGCGUUGUUUCUUUGCAAUCUCUAAUUUCGGUUUUAACUCGAGCAUUAUAGGCUCAUAGAGUACCGGGUUCGUGGCGUCCGUGAAAAUAGCUGAAAUAAGAGACACUCGGAAGGAAUAUAAAGGAGUUGAACAGUGUACCGGCAAGUGAGAAUCGGUUAUGUUUCGGGCGUUGUCUCUUUGCAGUCUCUAAUUUCGGUUUUAACUCGAGUAUUAUAGGGUUAUAGAGUACCGGGUUCGUGGCGUCCGUGAAAAUAGCUGAAAUAAGAGAUGAUAGGAUGGAAAAAAAUGGAGCUGAACUGUGUCCUUUAAAAUGAGAAUCGGGUACGUUAUGAGGUGUUUCUGAUGCUUGUCACCAUCGCAUCGAACACCUUAGCUUGUCAUUUCGUCUUUGUAUGGGAUUUAGAAGAACGUAAAGGAUGCGAUGCCCCGUGGACCGGCCGUGGCAAAGGAAGGAGGAGGAGGGGAAAGAGGAGAAACUGAAGGAUGCAAGAGGAGGAGGAGGAGUGAGAAUGGAGUAAGCAAGCUCGUGGUGUGUGUGCGUGUGUGUGUGUGUGUGUGUGUGUGUGUGUGUGUGUGUGUGUGUGUGUGUGUGUGUGUGUGAGUAUAAGAGGGAAAAAUAGGAGAGUGACUUAAAAGUGGAUGUAUUUGAAGUCUUGUGUUUUUUUCUUCGAGUUUCCUUACUAUUUUUACACGAUUUCUCCCUCAUGCAACUUUACCAUUCUUUUUUGAGGGUCAGACUUUGCUCUUGAUGCGGAGGGAAGUGUUGUGUAGCCCCUGUUUUACUUUCUUCAAUAAUAAAUUUUCUUUUGUUUUUAUUUUCAUUAUAUUUUGGGUACUUGCGUUGUGCCCAUUAGUAGGUCUGGAUUCGGUGCGCGGAUCGUCCUUCAUUCCAUAUAGUUCCGUGUCUGAAUGGGUUUGCGUGGACUGCUCGCCUCGGUGUUGUGCGACUCACCAGUAACUAAGUAUAGAAGCUUCAUGGUAGUCUAGUCUGCGAUGUGUUUCCUUCAUAAAAAAAAAAAAUAGUAACUUAAAACAUGUAUUAGUAAUGUUCCCAGGUCUGAAUAGUGACAUCUGUUUCCUCUCUAAAGUACGUUAAAGUGUUUUUGCGUGAAGUAUAUUAUAGCGUAGCGUCGAUGUUAGGCAAUAAGGUAGUUUAGUACGAUACUCGAGAGACGUUUUUGGCCCAUCGUUCAGUGCGAAGCCUAUGCGGAAUCGAAUGUUUCUUCUUAAAAUCAUAUAGCGCCACUUUCGUCAAUAUCAAGUCACCCAAAGAAGGAAAGUAGAGUAAGUAAGUAAAAUAUAAUCGUUUAAGAUAUGACUCGUCUCACCGUGUUCAGUUUUGCGACUUUGUGCGUGAGAAAAGUUUGCUUCUCAACGCUUGGACGGCGGCGCCAGACAGACGUACGACAGGUAUCUUGCACGAAGUUCUCUUACGCACGACUUUUUUCUCUUUGUCGUAGGUCCUGUAGCGGUUCUCGAGGAGCAUACACGCAGAUAUUACAGGCGUAUGUUGAUUGAAGUUCUCUGUCGUUCCUUCGUAGUUUACUGUAAGAACAAGUAUUUAGCUCGUGUAGUAACCGUGUAGCAAAAAAAAAAGUGUCAUUGGCCGCACUAAUGUCAACACACACGAGCGAUUUGUCUUGUACGUUUACCUUUCACGGUUUGGCUCACUCCUCUGCCUGACGGCGUACUUGUGGUGGAAACAACAAGUGCAGUGUUCGUUGUAUUAGUCUCGUGUGUCACCUGUACAUAACGCACCGUAGAAAGUCGUGUCCUUAAGGUGUAACUAGUCUUAAUUGGAAAGACCCAAAGUUUAGAUGAUCCAGCGUAUUAAUGGUUAGUGUUAGGUAGGGUGAGCUUGAGAGACAGGAAUGAAAGAGAGGGAACGAAUGAUCUGUAUGGAAUGAGAGAGAGAGAGAGAGAGAGAGAGAGAGAGAGAGAGAGAGAGAGAGAGAGUGAAGAGGUGUGAGUGAGGGGAAAAAAAUAGCAGGAUGGAAUGAAAACCAAGUGGAGCGAAUGAGAUAUGAGAGAGAGAAGAGCAAAUGAGGUUAAAUGAGAGGGGAUAAAUGACCUUGAGGGAAAGAGAGUUAGAGUGAGCUGGAAUGAGAGGAAAACUGGGUGGAGUGAAUGACAGAUGAGUGAGAGUGAAAAUGGGUUGAACUGAUGUGUGAGGGGAGAGGGGAGGGAGGUGGAGUCGAGCGGCGUGCAGGUGAGCGGGGAAGGUCAUUAGGUGUGUUUGAUGGAGACGCUCACCUGAGGACUGCGCAGGCCGGUCCCGUGCAGUCUAGGGGGCAGUCAUGAUUAUUAUUAUUAUUAUUAUUAUUAUUAUUAUUAUUAUUAUUAUUAUUAUGAUUAUUGCAUCACUGCAACUUUAGAUUACAACAUUAUUUGCUACUAUUACUACUACUACUACUACUACUACUACUACUACUACUACUACUACUUCUUCAACCACAUGUCUCAGCUCUCUUUCCAUGUUCGAUGAUAAAAAUAAAAAAAAAGUUCUUGGGGUCAUGUGAAGGGAGUGAGUGGUGUGUCGUGGUCACCAGUCGCUGUCGAGGGAGGGAUGUUGUACCGUCGACGUCGUUUUCGCAUACGCCAGUCGCUGUGCUCACCCAUUUCUCAUCUCCCCUUGAGUUAUAUUCAGUUGUAGGGGUGUUGUUCUUCGUGGGGUGUGUGCGUGUGCGUUUAUGUGCGUAAGGUGUGUGUAUACAGGAGGAGCGUGGGGUGUGUUGCGCCAUCUUCCCCUCAGCGCCUUGCCCGAUGUGUUGCUGUGUUGCAUGGCGGCGCUGCUGGGCUUGAAGGGGCUGCGUCCUGGGGCUGCGUGGGGCUGGUGGUCACCGGGACACGCGGCCACGUCCUCGAAUCACACGGCUCACCAAGAUCACUCCGGGGCUGCUAUCAGGCCUCGGGGGUCUACCAAACGGAAUCCAAGUGCUUGCCUAAGUGUUGGCGGACGCUUAACAGUGCUUAUUAUUGUCGGAAGCGUGUAAAGUGGUAGGUAGACGUUGUGUUUAAGAGUCUAUAAUAUAUAUCAGCGAUUCUACGUGUCCUGUACAGUGUGGUGCCCCGCUUCCGUACCUCCCGGAGCGCCACGGCUCACGAGGAACUUGCAUCCGUUGUGGAGGCGGAGAGUGGAAGGCACCGUGUUGCUUGUGUUGUUAGUGUAGCCUUGUGUACGGCGUCCGCGUCACGUUGUGUUGCCCCGCCUAAAGACCCAACAAGGCUGGCGGGAGUGUGGGCGCCUCAGCAGACCCCCUCCCGCGUACUGGUGUCUCGGGGCGCGCCAGCAGCCAUUGGCGUGCCCAGGGUGCUGCUAUAGGAAGUGUUCGUUGUUCGUGCGUGAGGUUGUUUGAAGUGAUACCAUUAUAUAUAUACAGUGUUCCACCAUUGUUCUCGUUGACAGAUCUUGUUUUCGGAGAUAUAUAGCUUUAUGGGAGUCACUUUCUCGUGUGGUGGGGAAGGGAGGAGAUGGUGGUGGUGGUGGUGGCGCGUGGUGGUGGUGAGGCGCGGUAAAUAUCUGCUUCACACCAUAUCCCCACCACCGCCAUCACCGCCGCCGCCGCCUCCCGAUACCUCCACCGCAGAGCAAAGUGACGCUCGGACUCGGCCAAGCUAGCGUGUUAGUCCACUAGGUUUAGCUUCUCCUGGUACAAACAAAGCCUUUAUCAGUGGACCCUCGCCGCCCCAGUGGCCGCGAGGGUCCUGCAGCAGCCAUAUCGAAGGAAUUUGUUACGUGCCACGCCGCCACGCCGCUGCCAGCCACGCCCCCGCCACCAGGACUCACCGCCGUGCCCACGACCCCAAAAAUAAAUACACAAAAGAAAUAAAUAUGUACGCUGUUAAAGUUUUCAUGACAUUUGGACUUUGAAUAUUGUGGCUCACUCCUUUGCUUGUGAAGGAAUUAGGCUGUACCUGAGAGAGGCCGUGGGGGACUGGUGGCUUCCUGAAGGUGCGGGAGUCUGGCGGUAGCGUGGUGUUCUCGAUGUUGUGUGGAGGCGAGUGGAGGCGCCCCUGGCCAGGCCUCGCCGCCCCUGUGUCAAGCGGGCUGGGCCUUCCCCUCCUGCCGAAGUGUAGUUAGUGUUUUUUGUGUGUGCAAUUGAGUGUGUGUGUGUGUGUGUGUGUGUGUGUGUGUGUGUGUGUGUGUGUGUAUUAAAAUUUACUCAACUCUUCAUUCCUUCUGUUUUAAGACAUUUGUACAAGGACGAAAAUUAGUCAAGAAAGUUGUCAUUCAUUUCGUUCGAACUCCAGACUCACUCAAACCAUUUCAUUAAGUUUAAGGGCAAUGAUUUACCGGAUAAUUUUUUUUAUAGUGUUCUCUGCGUACAUAUUAUAUCAGGUUCAUUUCCUUAAUCCUUCGCAUCCUUGUUAUUCAUCGUUUCCUGUACUGAAGACCUCAUCAACGUUAAUUUUAAACCCCAUCACGGCCGUUACAAAGACUUAUCAUCUUCCUUUUCUCAGUUAUUCCUUUAUUCAGAGCUCAGAGUCAAGCAGCGUCCCCUCGUGUCCUCGUUUCCUGGGUUAGGGUAAGUGUACACGAGAAACACGGAUUCUAUUACCGUUAGUGUCUCAUUGUUUCCAGCCUCGUCUCUCUCCCGCACAUGUAUAAGAGACCUCACUGUCCUGUCGGUUUACUUUCGUUUCGUGCUUGUCCGUCAAAUAAACCUCACAUUAUUA